AUGUCCGGACUAAAAAACGUUGCUGCGAAUGCAAAAGAACAAGCCGAAGAAGUUAACCAAAAAGCCCAGGAGCUGAUUGUUGAAAUCAACACGAUGAGUGAUGCGGUCUCGAAAUUGAAAGGUUUCGCUGGUGAGGGAAUUCGAAAUGUCACCAAUGAUGUUCGUGAAGCAAAUGAGGAAGCCCAAGAAGCGAUGAAAAAAGUUUCUGAAGUGAAAGAGCAGACGGGUGUUGAUGCAAAACGAAUUGUUGCACUUGGCGAACAGAUUAAACUGCUGCAGGAGAAAAUCAAGGAAGCACGCGAAAAAGCAUCACGUAUUCGGAUUUCGAUGAAAUCGGAUGAUGCUGGAGUGUGCCGUCGCGCUUUUGUCUCACCAGCUCACCUAGCGCCUCGUAAUGUAUUCGCGCUCAGAUAUCGUCCACUUCUCAAUGUCCCAGAUUCGCUGCUAUUUUUGACAAAAACAAAAGCAAAACGCACGCAGGAGUCCGAAUUUAUUGCCAUGGAAUUGCGUGAAAGACGCAUCGUGGUGCACUGGAAUAUUGGGUCCGGUACACGCAUGGUCACCAACACUCAUACAAUUAAUUAUAUUGCGCCUGGCGAUCGAACUGCU